AUGAGGCCGUAUAAUACACGCCACAAGACCCUGUCGCUGCACUCGCUGGGCAUCCACGUCCCCGGGUCCCAUGCCAGUCGCACACCAGCGAACCGAGCGUCCUCGAUGGCCUCGCCCGCAUCCCCCUCCAAGAACAGCCAGCCACCAACAAAACGGCUAAAGCGCGCCUACAGCGAAUCCUCGGACGAUGCGCCGCCCGUUCGUCGGUUGUCCAAGAAGCGCGACGACACAGUCAAGUUCGACAACACACCGCCGCCGUCACCGCCCGCCAAGCGCCGCCCCUCCAUCGAGAUGAGCGAAGACGAGGACAUGGCGCCGAAAACAAUUGACAUGGAGGGCAUCAACGACGAAAUUGUCGAGGCAGUCAUCGUCCUGCUGCAAAAUUCGGGCAAUCGGCCACACUUGGUAAAGGAGCUCGCCGCCGUCUUGAUGCUGCAGCUCAAGAUUGUCCAACAAUCCGCGAACCCGUGCGCCAUCGUCUCCUCGCGACUAGCCUCCUACCUCAAGCGGUCGACUUGGUCGGCCCUCUCCCCUUGCCCGCUAGCAAAAGAACUCGAGUCGGUCCAUCCGCGCCGCACCUACUUUUACCUCACAACCUGCCCACACCGCCCGCUGCCGGACCCGUCCCAGGCAUCCUCGACGAUGAGUUUUAUCGCGCACACUCGCAGCAUUAUCUCGCCCAGCCCGUCCAGUGCGCCGUCUAUGUCGGCCGACGAGUCCGACAUGGAAAGGCGGCGCGAGCUCAGCCCAAGCCCCGAGGUCGACUUAUCUAGUCCAGAGUUUGACGACAUGGACGACGACUCUGCUAUGCCCGGCACACCUGUGGGGUCCUUCUCCAUGCGCGGCUUCUACAUGCCGUCGCGCCCGGUACAGAGCACCUCGGCCCGCCACGGGCGCGCGGGGUCGCCGCCAUUAGAAAAGGACGAGAAAGAGUUCACGCAGACGGCCGACGGUCUGCAAAAGAGGAAACUCAAUGGCGACCUGUCGUCGUCGAGCAACGCAGCACCCGCCGACCAGACGGCGAGCGUAAUGGAUCUCGAAAGAGACGAGAGCCCGUUGUUUGGGGUCAUUGGCGGGUUUGCCGCGUCGCUUGUGUCCAGCCCGGCAAUCCGGCCGUCGACCAUGUCUCUUGCUUUCGGGAGGAAAGACGGCGACGUCGACGCCUGGGCCAAGUUUGAGGGCAUGCUGGAGUGGGACCGCAGUCCCGAGAACAUUGAGCUCGAGGAGCUCGAUGGGCUGCUGAUCGACUACUGA